CAUAUCAUUCCUAGCCCCAGACUACCUCUACUGCAAUAUUCCUUGACAAUGAAGCUUCUGUGCUCCCACUGUGAACUCCUUAGGGACAGAAGUUACACCUCUGCAUCCCCAGGAGUUAGGUUCACUUACGGAGCCAGUAGUUGUGAAUGGAUUUGUUUAAGGCAGUGAUAGGUGAAGGCACGAUGGGAGGUGGAGCCUGAAGGCAGUCCAAUGGGAAGCGACGCGAGCAGCUCUGGGCGGAAUGCGGCUUCGGGAAUGGAUGAUGAGAAAGAGGGAGAGGCCCAAGACAUUGCACCAUGGCGCAGACGGAGACAGUGAGAAAGCACUGGGGAAGCUCUGUGAGCGAAUCACUUCCAGGGCCAGGAAAGAACUCCAGAGCACUUUUUCCGGAAGGACAUCUUUACGUGAACGGGGUUUUGGCACACGAGCCACAGAAAGGAACCCCAUGCCCUGAGUCUCGGGUCCGCGCGAGCCGAGGCUUUGUAUCUUGUGCGCCUGCGCGCGCCCCCGCUGCUCUUACGCACGCCUUUUCCGGCCAGGUCUGGAGGGGGGGGGGGAAGGCGGAGCAGCAUUGGCAAAGAUGGCGGCGCCGGAGAGUGUGAUGUUUUCCGAGAAACGUAGCCACAAAAAGUACAGGGCAGCUCUGAAAAAGGAGAAACGAAAGAAACGGCGGCAGGAACUCGCGCGAUUGAGAGACUCAGGAGUCUCACAGAAGGAGGAGGAGGAGGAAGAGGAGGAGGAGGAUGCUUUGACUGAAGAACAACAACUAGAAGAAGAGAAGCUGUUGGAGAGAGAGAGGCAAAAAUUACAUGAGGAGUGGUUGCUGAGGGAGCAGAAGGCACAAGAAGAAUUCAGGAUAAAGAAGGAAAAGGAAGAGGCAAAUAGAAAACGGCAGGAAGAGCAAGAGAGAAAGUUAAAGGAAGAAUGGGAAGAACAGCAGAGAAAAGAGAGACAAGAGGAGGAGCAGAAGCGCCAGGAGAAGAGAGAGAGAGAGGAAGCUGUGAAGAAGAUGCUGGAUCAGGCUGAAAAUGAGUUGGAAAAUGGUACCACAUGGCAAAACCCAGAGCCACCCAUGGAUUUAAGAAUAAUGGAGAAAGAUCGAGCUAACUGUCCAUUCUACAAUAAAACAGGAGCUUGCAGAUUUGGAGAUAGGUGUUCACGUAAACAUAAUUUCCCGGCGUCUAGUCCCACGCUUCUGAUUAAAAGCAUGUUUACAACAUUUGGAAUGGAGCAGUGCAGGAGGGAUGACUAUGACCCUGAUGCAAGCCUCGAGUACAGCGAGGAAGAAACCUACCAACAGUUCCUAGACUUCUAUGAUGAUGUGCUCCCUGAGUUCAAGAAUGUGGGCAAAGUGGUUCAGUUUAAGGUCAGCUGCAACUUGGAACCUCAUCUGAGGGGCAAUGUGUAUGUUCAGUAUCAGUCGGAAGAAGAAUGCCAAACAGCCCUUUCUCUGUUUAACGGGCGAUGGUAUGCAGGCCGACAGCUUCAGUGCGAAUUCUGCCCAGUGACCCGGUGGAAAAUGGCCAUUUGUGGCUUAUUUGAAAUACAGCAAUGCCCAAGAGGGAAACACUGCAACUUUCUACAUGUGUUCAGAAAUCCCAACAAUGAAUUUUGGGAAGCUAAUAGAGACCUCUACCUGUCUCCAGAUCGGACUGGCUCUGCCUUCGGUAAGAACUCAGAGAGGAGGGACAGGACGGGCUAUCAUGAUGAAUACCAUGGCAGGCUGAGGAGGAGGAGAAGCCCUAGUCCAGACCACUCGUACAAGAGAAAUGGGGAAUCUGAGAGGAAAAGGAGGAGUAGUCACAGGGGGAAGAAGUCUCACAAACACACGUCAAAGAGUUGUGAGAGGCAUAGUUCACGAAGUAGAGGAAGAAAAAGAGACCGAAGCCGGGGCAGCCGGAGCCAGAGCCACAGGAGCCGCCGCAGUCGCAACCAUAGCCGGAGCCACAGCCGCAGCCGCAGCCGCAGCCGCAGCCGCAGCCGCAGCCGGAGCCUGUCCGGAUCCCGGGGUCGUGGUGGGCGGAGGUCACGGAGCAAAGAAGUAAUUAUUCAGAGUCCCAAGUCCAAAUAAAUUUGUUUUGUUCUUA